AAUAAGUGCCCUUAGAAGGAAAGCCCGUCAGACUGUAAACUGGGGAGCUUUUUUUUUUACGUUUUGAGUGGCAGCAAAUCUUCAGUUCAUAAAAGUCAGACACCAAAACACAGUUUUCUGCUUAGUGAGCUGCGAUGCAGGAGAAUAUCUGACUGUAGGGGCGCGUUCGCCUGUUGAUUGUCGGGUAAGUGUUAUUUAAUUGUCCUCACCUUCACUGUAAACGACUGUGCGCGCACUUCUGGAACUUUAUGGACUCGUGCAGAACUUUUGUGGUGUGAACUUCUCCUCGAGUCAGUGUUCCUGCUCUCCAGCCUGGGGUUUAUAUAACCUGCAGCUUCACUACACUUUGCUUCGGGGAGGCCAUCAAACUAAUCUGCGUGUGUGUGUGUUACUGCAGAAUAAUCUCCAUAAGUCUUUAUACGAUAAAGGGACGGAGGUGGUGCAGGGGAGAGGUGGCCGCUGCGAGAGGCGGUGGAGGCGGGGAGGUGCGCAGCCCAGUUCGCGGCGGAUGACCGGACAGGGGCAUGGAGAUGUUGCGCCGCUCUUCUGUGUUUGCGGCUGAAGUGUUUGACCGCUCGCCCACCGACAAGGAGCUGGUGUCCCAGGCCAAAGCACUGUGCAGAGACUACAUCCACUCCAGGCUGAACCGUGCCGGGAUAGGCUGGUCUAAACCUGAGCAUGGACUGGCUGCAUCAGGUGGGGCUCUGGGAGAGAUAUCAUCGGUGCUGCUGUGGCUGGGUGACGAGCUGGAGUACCUUCGACCCAACGUUUACCGCAACGUAGCGCGACAGCUCAACAUCACCGUGGCGUCAGAGAGCAUUGUGUCUGAUGCUUUCCUGGCUGUGGCUGCAGACAUUUUCUCCACAGAUCCUGCUGUGGACUGUGUUCGCCACGGUCAUCCAGCUAUGGUCCAUACCAUUGUCGACUGCAUGGGGGAGUUUGUCCGCAAAAGCCUGACCUCCUGGUUGAAGAGGAGAGGUGGCUGGGUGGAUGUAACAAAGUGUGUGGUGAACACUGAUCCCAGCUUCCGCUCUCACUGGCUGGUGUGUGCCGUCUGUGCCUUUGGACACUACGUGAAGGCCAUUGUGUUAUACCUCUUCAGGGAGAAGUGAGAGACAGAGUCACACAUUGGAUUCUGAGCAGAGUGACCAGCACUGUCCAUCACCACCACCAUCAUGUCUUUACGAAAGCAUCUCCUGCUUUGGAUCAUGUUUACACUCAUUUGCACUGAACCUUCAUGGAUGAACACAUUCUCCCAUCACAGAAAACAGACUCUCCGUGCUUCUUCUGCUUCCUGUGCUAGAUUUUCUAUUUAUUGUUCAUGUUUAUUUUAAGGCACACAUUUGACGUAAAUGUAUAAAAUCACCCUCUGUUUGUAGCGCUUAAUUUUUUCCACAAACAGCAGAACUAGUCAUUUUGUUGUCUGUUUGGGAGAUGAUGGCGUCCCCUAGUGGUUAAAUUGUAACUACUUUAAAGGAUAACCAGUAUUUUUCAACCUGGACCCUUGUUCCAUGUUUUGUGUCUGGGCACCCUUGGUCAAAAUUCAGUUUACUGUAAAUAUUUAAGGAAAAGGUGAUCUCCAAAAGGCUUGAAGUUAAAGAUGACACAUGCUUCUCAACAUUUUAAGCAAGAUCAGUGUAUUAUUUUGGUUUUGUACAAUUUUAGAGUGAAAAAAAAGGAAAGCACCUUAAAAAAUGUGGUCACCCCAACACAUUUAAGCUCUCAGACAACUUUUACCACAGUCUCAGACCUUAAUUAGCUUGUUAGAGCUCUGGCUUGUUCACAGUAAUCGUUAGGAAAAUUCAAAGCUUUCUAAAUACUCUGACUCCUGAAACCUUGUCCAGCAAUCAGUAGCCAUAGCUCCUCUAAACUAGCACUCUGAAAACUAAAAUAACUGAUGCCCACAAAGCAGGAGAAGACUAUAAACUUUUGCAUGCCACUGUAAAUGGAGUCCGGUGGGUUUCUGGUUAAACAAAGACGAUCUUACUCUCUAGUAAAAAGGUCUAUCACCUAUCGGGAUCCUUUCCAUAAUGCAGUCAGACACGUACAUUGACGGUGUGUGAUUACCCCUUAGUGUUAUAUUGCAGCCUGUUUGGUCGCUGGUCUCACUCAAUACGGGACCCAUUGCAACAACUGUUGUCUCCAUUUUUCUUUCAUAGACACAAAAACAUGGGAAAAUAGGGUCCAGGUUGAAAAAAUACAGAAGUUACCCUUUAAUUAUUUCAUAUAUGUAUUGGAUCCUGGGAAGUCAGGAAUGUCCGUACUUGCAAAUCUUUUUUUCCCCUAAUGCCGUUAUCUUGAGGUCGCAAGUUAAUUAUUUUUUUUAUCUUAAGAUAAUCAAGAUAGUAAUGAACAAAAUAAUGAACUUGUUACGAUGAGAAAACAAAAGGUUGUUUCCUCUUGUUACUUCUCUUUAUCUGAGCUCAGGAGUGCCACGCCAGCAUGCGUAGGUGGCGUCUUGACAACCAUAGCAACUGAUUCAAGAUGACAAAGGUCAGAUCAAGGAGAAGCCGUUAUUGAUCAACGCAUCAGAUCUGUAUAACAGAUCAGUCCUCAUCAUUUAAGGAGAAGACUGGCUGACUGAAAUCAGGUGUGAUCAAAUGAAUCAGACACUCAUUUUUGAGUUCUUCGUAAUUGUCCUGCAUUUGACCAAAAUUCAUUGUUUCAGCUUUUUGUUUUCUUGAGAAGUGACAUAAAUUAACGUGUUAUCUUAAGAUAAUGUCAAAAGAAAACGAAAAAAUACGGCCAUUCUUGGCUUCUGUACAUUUAUUAGGAAGUGGUUUUACAAAAAUCUCACAUAUACAGCCCGACAAACAAGUGCAUGCGAGAUAAAUGUAAAAUACAACAUGUUUUCCUUUAAUUAAGGGACUGUAUGAAAAAAAAAUGUUGACGGGAUGGUCGUCCCAUCAAAAUGUGUCAUAAAAAGUCAUCCUGUAAUAUAAUUCGGAAUCAGAUUCCAACUUGUUUACACAAAUUGGUGAAGUGAAAUGAUUAAUUUCAACUGGGUGACUUAUUAAUGUUUAAAAUGGAGGUACACCAUCUUGGUUUGUUUAUGUAUAUUUUCCUCUCUUAGGUAUUAAUACGGAAACAAGUUGUAGGUAAUCUGAGUGUGUUGAAAAAUUUGGGGGAAAGUGUUACAAAUUUUUUUCUGAGUCAAAAGAAGACAAAAGAAAAUGUUAAUAAUUUUAAUACAGUCAUACAGUUUUUCAUACAGUCCCUAACAAGUCUGAUGAAUUGAGCACUAUACAUGUAAUGCAACUUGCUCCUCUUCUUUUCGUUGUUCACUGUGAGGCUGUGUGUGAUAUAGCUGUACUGUAAUUCCAGUAAUGCAAGUUACAGUUUAUUUUCUUAGAGCACUUUCAUAACAUUUCAUUUUGUGCGUAGAAUUUAUUCCAUGAAUAAUUUCACUUUUAUAUGACAUGUAGCACUAGGAGUCCUAGAAAGUUUGAGAGUCAUCUGCAUUUGUGAAUAUUAAGAAUAAUAAAUGGUUCUUACA